UUCUAAUUCUAUCUCUACCCUUUCGUUUUCUCUCUCUACAAUUUACUCACUCUCACCUUUCUCUCUCUACCUUCGCUUUCGUUGUUAUUUAGAUUAUAUACAUAUAUUAUAUGUAUAUUUGUGGAUAUAUAUAUCAUAGGUUGUAUCGACAUCUUAUGUAUCUAUCUGAAUCAAUCGUUUUCGAGUAAAAAUGGAGUUGGAGGUAGCGAUUCGCUUCCAGUUUUCGUCGCCAUUAUCUUCGAUCUUAGUAUAAGUUUUUCACUUUUUAUACUCCCGUUUGGAUCUGCGUGAAGAUCUGCCGUUAGAGCUGGUUUACAAAGCUCGCCAAGGAAUUUUAUUGAGGUUCCUUUAUAGAAUGUGUAGUGGUCCUGAACCUAACAAAUCUGCUUCAUCAUCAUCAUCCACCACAUCAAAUUCUAACAAAAUGGUCAUGAGUCCACUAACUGUGGAGACCGAAGAUUCUUUUUCAAGCUUACUCGAAUAUGCAGCUAACAAUGACUAUGAAGCCUUCAAACGCUCAAUUGAAAACGACCCAUCAGCAAUCGAUGAAGUCGGAAUGUGGUACGUCCGCAAAAAAGGAUCAAAACAAAUCGUCUUAGAACACCGAACUCCAUUAAUGGUCGCCUCCACUUAUGGCAGCAUUAACGUCUUGAAAUUAAUCAUCUCACAACCCAAAGUCGAUGUCAACUUCGCCUGUGGGCCCGACAAGUUCACCGCCCUCCACUGUGCCACCUCUGGCGGCUCCCCUGCCGCCAUCGAGGCCGUCAAGUUACUUUUAUCGGUCGGUGCUGACCCGAAUCUUGAAGAUGUUAAUGGACAUCGACCUGUUGAUGUCAUCGUUGUCCCCCCGAAGUUAUCCGGUGUGAAAGCUUCCAUUGAAGGACUUUUAAUGAACAAUGGUUUGACUUUGAGUUUGACCAUGAACAUGACCGGAUCUUGGUCUCCAACAAUGUCGUCAUCGCCGGAAAACGGUUCCGGUUCUUGUUCUCCGGUGAUGUCAAAAUUUGAAAACGAAAUUCCGGUGAACUCGGAGAAAAAGGAAUACCCGAUUGACCCGUCUUUACCCGACAUUAAAAACAGCAUUUACUCAACCGAUGAAUUUCGUAUGUUUUCUUUCAAAGUUCGACCGUGUUCACGCGCCUAUUCCCAUGACUGGACGGAAUGUCCGUUUGUCCAUCCUGGAGAAAACGCCCGCAGGCGGGACCCACGCAAGUACCAUUACAGCUGUGUCCCGUGUCCCGAUUUUAGAAAAGGCGCGUGUAGACGCGGUGACAUGUGCGAAUACGCGCACGGCGUAUUCGAAUGUUGGCUUCAUCCCGCGCAAUACCGGACACGGUUAUGUAAAGACGGAACAAGUUGUGCGAGACGCGUUUGCUUUUUUGCUCAUAUGCCGGAGGAGCUCCGGCCGCUUUAUGUCUCCACUGGGUCUGCAGUCCCGUCACCGCGGUCAGCUGCCGCCGGAGCUACUGUUAUGGACAUGGCGGCCGCCUUGAACCUCCUCCCGGGUUCGCCGUCUUCUAUGUCGAUGUCGAUGUCACCCACCGGAAACAGCCCGUGGCCUCAGCCGAAUGUGCCGACACUCCAUCUUCCGGGAAGCAAUCUGCAGUCGAGCCGCUUGAGAUCGUCACUUUCCGCUAGGGACAUACCGCCGGAGGAUUUAAGCUUGUUGCGUGAUUUUGAUUCUCAAUUGCUGAAUGAGUUUGCGUGUUUUUCUCAAUCGCGGAGCUCUCGUUCGAGAACAGCACUUGCUCCGGCGAAUCUUGAAGAUCUUUUCUCGUCGGAGAUUGGUUCUUCUCCGCGAUACUCCGACCAGGUGGCGGCGGGUGGUGGUGGUGGUGGUGGUGUGUUUUCGCCUUCACACAAAUCCACGGUUCUCAACAGCGUGCUUUCUCCGAUCAAUACGAACAGUUUAUUGCAUUCUUCUUUCGGGGUGUCAUCGCCUGGAAGAAUGUCGCCGAGAAGCAUGGAUCAUUCUCCGAUGGCGGCUGCCGCCAGGCUCUCAGCCUUUAACCACCGCGAACAGCUACGCAGUCUCAGCUCACGUGACUUCACCGGAACGGGAUCUCCGGUGGGUCACAAUACAUCAUCUUCUUGGUCGAAAUGGGGGUCUCCCACCGGAAAAGUUGACUGGUCUGUGAACGGGGAGGAGUUUGGGAAACUGAAAAGGUCGUCUUCUUUUGAGCUGAAGAACAAUGGCGGCGGUGGAGGAGGAGGAGGAGGAGGCGGCACGGAUGAGCCGGAUUUGUCAUGGGUUCAAUCGCUAGUGAAGGAAUCACCACCUGAGAUGAUGAAAAACAAGGCGGCGGCACCACCACCGACUGGCGGUGGUGCGGCGGCACCACCAUCCGGUGAGGAUCAUUCAGUAUUAGGAGCUUGGCUUGAGCAGAUGCAACUUGAUCAGCUCGUAGCUUAAAAGCAAAAAGAGAUGGAUUAAAAAUUCAUUGAUCACUUAGAAAUGUUGACAUAUAUAUAUUUAAAAAAAAAGUAUAUAUUCUUUUGAGGCGUCGUUCAUGAAGUGUUUUGGGGUGAAAUUUUUAUAUAUUCUUUUGGGGUGGACGGACGGAAGGAAGGAAGGAAAGAAAAAGAAAAAGAAAGAGAAAGAACCAUCAUCAUCAACAUGAACAUCAACUUUUGAAAAGCUUCUUGUUUGUUCUCUAAUGGCGGAAAGAAAAGACAGGGAAGAAUGAGGAAGAAAUGAAAGGCCUAUAUAUAAGUUAUUGGGUAUUUGUUUCUGUUUCCCUUUCUCCCUGUUAUUUCAUAAUUCUAGUGAUACAUUUGUUUACUACAAUUUUUAUAUGUUGAAACAAUUUCAAUUUUAUUAAUGUUGUUUCGUUUUGGUUUAAAAACCAAGCAAGUACUACUUACUAAUUGGGGGUGUAUUUUGUGCUGCUUGAUUUCUCAAUGGUGGUUACAAAUACUCUGCCUUUUGUUAUGUAAAACAUAUAGCUAUUAUUUUAUUUCGUUUUUUACAUUCA